ACUCCCUACCCCCCAAGGCUACACAACAAUCACUAUCACGGACGCUACAGUAUGUACAGAUGACAUUAUGAAGCUUGACAUUAAGUAGAAUUCAGUUGACGUCAUAUCCGAUGCACGACGGCAUAUCCGAUGCACCCUUAGAUAUCGUUGUAUAAAAAGUGUUGAAGAAACAUUGUUAAAUAGACCUGGAUAUACCACUAGGAUGGGCGUCAACAAACACAUCACAUGCGAGAUGGGUCUCUUUGGUCGAGGAGGUGCGCAUGUGCAUGUGGGGAUGUAUAGUACUCGCAAGGGCACUGAUAUAAGGCAACCCGUUGUUAGCGAUCAGGAGCAGACGUGUCGCAUCCAGUAGUCUGUUUACAACCAUACCCAUGGUCACAUAUACUGUAUUGGGUCACUGUAGUAUAUAUUAUACCUGCUGCGACUACUACUACUGGGCCAUUACCUGCUGAGACUACGGCUACUACUAGACCACUACCUGUUACUAUUAUUAUUACUGGGUCAUUGCCUGCUAUUAUUGCUACGACUGGGCCACUACUUGCUGGGACGACAGCUACUAUUGGGCUCCUACCUGCUGGGACUACAUCUCCUGUUGGGCCCCUACCUGCUAUUAUUACAACUACUGGACCCUUACCUGCUGGGACUACUACUAAUACUGGGACUACUUCUAUUAGGCCACUACCUCCUAGGACAGAGACGAGAGGAACACAUUACCAUGAAGAACUGGAUGGUUGUGGCAGCCAUGUUAUGGUUGAUGGUCAGUGUGAGUGACUCUUACCCUUGGGGGCAGCCUGCUACAACCUUUCAGGGCUACGACUACCGGAAGUCAGCCCCAGUCGUCCAGGACUACGACUACAGGAAGUCAGCCCCAGCCAUCCAGGACUACGACUACAGGAAGUCAGCCCCAGCCGUCCAGGACUACGACUACAGGAAGUCAGCCCCAGCCGUCCAGGACUACGACUACAGGAAGUCAGCUCUUGGCUUCCAGAACUACGACUACAGGAAGUCAGCCCCAGCCAUGCAGGACUACGACUACAGGAAGUCAGCCCCAACCAUCCAGGACUACGACUACAGGAAGUCAGCCCCAGCCAUCCAGGACUACGACUACAGGAAGUCAGCUCUUGGCUUCCAGAACUACGACUACAGGAAGUCAGCCCCAACCAUCCAGAACUAUGACUUCAGUAAACCAGCCAAAGCCGUCCAAGAUUACAACUACAGUAAGUCAGCCCCAGCCAUCCAGGAUUACGACUACAAUAAGUCAGCCCCAGCCGUACAGGAUAACGACUUCAGUAAGUUAGCCCCAGCUGUACAAGACUACAGCUACAGGAGUAAAUACGCAGCCAGUCUACCGUUCAACACAAAGAACGUCCGCCAAGAGAUGCUGAAACGGGAGGAUAUAACACUAAAGUGCAACGGCAAGUGUCUCAUGAAAGCUGUUGACGGGACGACCUGCAGAAGGAUUUCCAAAUGUGGCUAAGAUCAGGCAGUGUCCACCCCCAUAUCUUCCUCAUUUCUUACUCUUCCCUCCUUCUCCUCCUCCUUCGCUUCCUUACUCCACUCUUACUCCUUCUUUCUCUUCCUCCGCAUCUUCUUUAUUCCACUUUUACUCCUUCCUUUCACCAAGUUCUUAUUCACUACUUUACCUCCUCCUCCUCCUCCUUACUCCAUUUCUACUCCUUCCGUCUUUCUCCUCUUCCUCUUUCUCCUUAC